AUGGCGGGCAAAGCUACUAAGAAACAAGCUGCUUCCAAUAGCAAUACUUUGAACACUCUGCACAAAGUUGCUGGACCCGUGCUGGUCUUAGCGUUCUUGAGGACAGUACUGGGCUCUAACAACACAUAUAUCAAGUUUGUGAUGUUCAAUUUGCCAAUGUGUGCAUGCCUUUACAUUUUGGAGAAGACUGGUAGGCCGCAAUAUGACAGCAAGGGGAAAGUUGUGCGUGAAGGUAUGGACUUGAGCCAAGCUGGUGGUAUGACUGAGUACAUGUUUGAUUUGAUCUAUCUGAGUAUCAUUGCCAAUGUUGGUAGAAUUAUCUUCAAUACCAACAAAUGGUGGUACUUGCUGCUCUUGUGCCCAAUCUACGUCGGCUACAAGCUAUACUCCUUGAAGCAGCAAUACUUUGGAUCUACCCCAGGACCAGUCAUCCCAGACAAGAUGCCUGAAGAAACUAAGUCCAAGAGACAAAUGAAAAGAGAGAAGCGUGGUGACGAUAAAGUUAAGUACAAAUACAGGUAA